UCUACAGUUGAAUGAGUUAUCUACAAUCGUUGUGUAAGGACUUUAUUGACUGUAUGAUAUCUGACACUAACGCAAUAGCGAAUUUCAGUUCACACAAAAAUUUUCUCAUCGAAAGAGCUUAUAAUUCAUGUAUAAUGUCGAAUUUACAAACUGAAAAAUCAGCUGAUACAGGAUUAGAAUCACCGGUCGAUGUUAAUGUUGAUAUUCACAAGCAAAAGUGUAAAGAUCACACUGAUGAAAACCAGUCGUUUUAUUGCGAGAAACAUUAUGUAUGUAUUUGUGGUCGUUGUGUUUUUUCAAAUCACUUUUCUUGUUUGGAGACGGUGGUUGAUUUAAACAAUGUCCAGCACGACGAAGAACACGUGAAUAAGAGUGUUUCUACAUUGCAAGUAUUGGACCAAGAAAUGGACCACAUUAUGGCCGAAAUAGACGAAAACAGACAAAUAAAUGAUACAUGUAGAUCAAACUAUGCAAAAGACAUAAAUGAAUUUCACGAAGCAUUAGUCCAGCAACUGAAAAUGUUGAUGUUAAAAGCAGAAAAAGAAAGUGAAAACUUACACAAACAAAAUACAGACGUACUUGAUGAAACGGCACUUAAAUGUAAUGAACAUAAACAAGUUUUACGGCAGCAAAUACAUUAUUUAGAUGAGUUAGAACAUAAAAAGCAUUAUAAGCAUUUAUUCGUUGCACUUCAGGGAAUGGAGAAAAAUAUUAAUUCCUUUAAAGAUAAAAACGUUAGAUUUAGACAUGAAAAUCAUAUUUAUCAAUAUGAAUUUGUUCGCAACUUCAAGAUUGAUAAACUAAUCAAGGAAGAUCAACAUAUUGGAAAACUAAAAAUUGAAUGCGAUGGGAGUGAAGAGGUAAUUGAAAUCACCGAGGAGAAGGUGGCGGGCGUUGCUGAUAAAGGAAUGCGAGAUGAGAAAAAUGAAGAGAAAAUACCAGAUGAAAAAGAAAAUGCAAAGAGUUAUCCUUUAGAACAUGAAAACUUUGAAGGGUUACAGCGCGAUUAUGGUGAAAAAUUGGAGCGUAUUAAAGAGUUAGAAGAAUCUAUUCGAAAACGAGAAGAGGUGCACAGACACAAAGAGAUUCAGUUUGAUGAGCAGCUGAAAGAAAAAGAUAUGACAAUUUCCAAACUAGAAAAAAGCAUUAAUGUUGAAGAAGAGAAAUGCCACAGUUUGAAACGGGAAUAUGAACAGAAAAUUAAAAAACUAAAAGAAUUUGCUGAACGGAAGAUUACACAACAACAUGAACAAGAAAAACGCCUUAAUUUUGAAAAAGAUAAAUUCACCAGUAUGAAGCGGGAGGAUGAACUGAUGAUUAAAAAAUUACAAGACGAAUUGGCUGUUUCGGAACAGAAGGUUAAACAACUACAAGAACAAGAAAAACGCAUUUAUUUUGAAAAAGAGAAAAGCAAAAGUAUGAAGCGGGAGGAUGAUCAGUUAAUAAAACAACUACAAAACGAAUUGGCGGUGUCUGAACAGAAGGUUAAACAACUACAAGAACAAGAAACACGCAUUGUUUUGAAAAAAGAGAAAUGCGAAAGUUUGAAGCGGGAGGAUGAACAGCUUAUUAAAAAAAUUCAAGCAGAAUUGGCGGUGUCUGAAGAGAAGAUUCAACAACUUCAAGAAAAAGGAAAACGACUUAAUUUUGAAAAAGAUAAAUGUGAAAGUACAAAGCGGGGGUAUGAACAGUUGAUUAAAAAUCAACAAGAAGAAUUGGCGGUUUCUGCACAGAAGAUUAAACAACUUCAAGAACAAGAAAAACGGAUUAAUUCUGAAAAAGAAAAGUGCGAAAGUACGAAUCGAAAGUAUGUACAGUUGAAUAAAAAACUACGAGAAGAAUUGGCGGUUUCUGAACAGAAAAUUAAGGAACUACAAGCAGAAUUGGCAGAUUCUGAACAGAUGAUCACACAACUGCAAGAACAAGAAAAACGCACAAGUUUUGACAAAGAGAAAUUCGAAAGUAUGACGCGUGAGGGGGAACAAUUGAUUAAAACACUUCAAGAACAAUUGGCGAUGUCUGAACAGAAGGUUAAACAACUACAAGAACAAGAAAAACGCAUUGUUUUAAAAAAAGAGAAAUGCGAAAGUUUGAAGCGGGAGGAUGAGCAGCUUAUUAAAAAAAAUCAAGCAGAAUUGGCGGUGUCUGAACAGAAGAUUCAACAACUUCAAGAAAAUGAAAAACGACUUAAUUUUGAAAAAGAUAAAUCUGAAAGUACAAAGCGGGGGUAUGAACAGUUGAUUAAAAAUAAACAAUUAGAAUUGGCGGUUUCUGCACAGAAGGUUCAACAACUUCAAGAAAAGGAAAAACGACUUAAUUUUGAAAAAGAUAAAUGUGAAAGUACAAAGCGGGGGUAUGAACAGUUGAUUAAAAAUCAACAAGAAGAAUUGGCGGUUUCUGCACAGAAGAUUCAACAACUUCAAGAAAAAGAAAAACGACUUAAUUUUGAAAAAGAUAAAUGUGAAAGUACAAAGCGGGGGUAUGAACAGUUGAUUAAAAAUCAACAAGAAGAAUUGGCGGUUUCUGCACAGCAGAUUAAACAACUUCAAGAACAAGAAACACGGAUUAAUUCUGAAAAAGAAAAGUGCGAAAGUACGAAUCGAAAGUAUGUACGGUUGAAUAAAAAACUACGAGAAGAAUUGGCGAUUUCUGAACAGAAAAUUAAGGGACUACAAGCAGGUUUUUACUACUAACAUCUUGUCAAACUUUUAGGAUUUAUUUUUUACAAUUUCACAUAUUCACAAAUCAUUCAAAAGAAACAUGACACCCACUUUGUCAUGUUUGAUAGUUUACUUUAAAAUUGUCCUACAUUUUUAAAUCGUUAUAUAAUUAUGAAUUUGUCUAGUGCACUUUAUUAUGUCAUCUCUUUUUGGAAUUAUUCUUUAUUUGUAUUGUAUUGCGUCUAUUGACACCAUAGUAGGCACAUUUGUAAUUCUUUGCAUUUAAAUGUUUGUGCCUUCAUUCUCAUUCAGGUAGAAUACAAAUUAUAUUCAAUACAUUUUGAGGGUGAUAGGGUUGGAGUUUAGGAUAAUGUAAAGCCAAUCAAACAAUUUGUCCCAAAAUACAUGUCCUGUAAAGCCCCCGCUGGGAUUUAAACCCAGACAUCUUUCCUCUUGCAUGGAAAGUGUUAUAUCUUGUAAUACAAGGCCAUGUUAGUGGAAAAUGAACUUGAACCUAGACCUCUUUUCUCUGGCAUGGAAAGUAUUCUAUCUUGGAAUACAAGGUCAGGCUAGUGGAAAAUAAACAAUUGUAAGACUAUAAACCUUCAAAAAUAUAAAAGUUCAUCGGACCAAUCAAAGCACACAUCUGUUAAUCAAAUAGAUUUCAGCUUAAGUUCCGUAUUUUAUUACUUUCCUUUAUUGAUGUAUUUUCAAGCAUUGUAUUUAUCCUGACAAAAAUUGCACUUCUUCAACACAUUUUACGUUAAAUACCGGUAGUAAAAUCUAACAAUAUA